UUUUUUUUUUGGAUUAAUUAUUCUCUGUUUUUUUUUAUACUAUUUAUAAUUAGAUUCACAGCCUUUAGAAUUCAUUCUUGUCCUUUCCUUAUAUUAUCUGCCGCAUUAUAAAGGUAAAAGUGUAGUAUUCAAAGUCUUUUUUUUUUCCCCUGCUGAAUCAGUGGUUUGAUAGUUAUUAUAAAACAAAUUUAAAAAAGACGGAACACUAUAGUUCUAAAGUUAAUUAUUUUUAUUUAUUAAAAUUGAUAAAAAAAAAACUGUUAAAGAAAUAGUCUGCGAUAGGAUGUGAAAGCCAAGAAGAGUUAGUUAACGAUGGAAUAAAAUAUGUUAUAGAUAUAUAAAGUGUUAGAUGCUUUGAUAUUAUUUGAUAAAGUAGAUCACAAGAGUUUCAAGAGAAUCUAGAUAAUAAUAAUAGUAUGAAUUAUUAUUUUUUUUUCUUUUCAUUUCUCUAUUACGUCUUGAAUAUAAAACGGGCUUUAUAUUCGUCUAUACGAUACAAAAUAGUACAAAGAAUAUAUUCAUAUACUCAAUGUAUUGUAUAUAUAUUAUACAGUAUAUUUCUCUACUAUUUACAUUUAGCAUUUAUUCUAUCUUAUUUAUUCAAUGAAUAAAUUAUUUACUGAGAAAGAAUGAUCUGUGAUAUGACAGCUUACAGUAAAAUUAAACUGUCAAAGUGUUGUAAAAAGGGUACAAAUAAUUUAUAGUUUUGUAGGAGACAGUUAACAAUAACAAUAACUUUAUUUUCAACUCAAGGGAUAAAUUAAUAAUUACACAUUUCAGUGUAGAUCCAAGGAGAGAGAGAGAGAAAAAGUAUGCAUAUAUAUACAAAUUACUUUCAGAUAUUACUAUAGUAUUAUUUGUUAUAAUGUCUUUUUAUAUAAUCAAGACUAGAUAGAAUCAAUCAUAACAAAGUCACUAAAUCAACAGAAUUUGUAUAAGCAGCAGCCAUAACAUCAGAG